CCAGACGUGGCACGCCCUGCUUCUACAGCCCAGAUGUAAGUUCUGCACUUCCUGCACACAGAGGCUUCAGCUGCACGCUGUGGACAGUGCUGGCGGUCUUUUCUAGAUGGCGGAGAUCGUCAAAAAAUUUCGACGAGAGUUAAUAAAUCGGUGCAGUGAACCACUUAUAAAAGGUUUGCUAGAUGAUUUGCUUCAUGAAGACAUACUCGGACCGGAUGAGGUGGAACAUAUCAAUCAAUGUAACCUUAACCGUGCAAACAAAUGUCGGGAUCUGAUUGAUAUAGUGAUAAAUAAGGGAAACUACAGCUGCAAUGUACUUCUCCAAAGAAUCACACAAAGGGAUCGGAUUCUUAGUGAAGAUAUCGGGAUAACAGGUACAGCAGCACUUCCAUUACCGACACAGGAAGCCAUCCCACCAGCACCUGAAGAACCCCCUCUGACAAAACAAGAAAAAUCCAGCCAGCAAGAAAUUAACGGAAUCACACCGAGCUCACACGAAGAAUUCGUAGAAAUAAUGAAUAAAGAAAAAGAUAUAUAUCCUAUACGACAGAAGGGCAACCGAAAACGCUUGGCUUUGAUUAUUUGCAAUAUUAAGUUUAAUGAUAAAACUAUUACGGAGCGGAAAGGGGCAAACUUUGACAUUGACGGAAUGGGGGAACUAUUAAAAGGAUUUGACUAUGAUGUACAAUUCGAAACUAAUCUGACAGCUGAGGAGAUGAAAGCCACAAUGAAGACUUUUGCUGCUCGCAGUGAUCACAAAGACUCGGACAGCACCUUCCUGGUUUUUAUGUCUCAUGGAGAAAGAAACAUCAUUUAUGGGACCGAUUUUAAAAGAGAAUACAUAGAAGGCCAGGAAAGAUUGACCGGUGACGUCCAUGUUGAUGCUAUCCAUGAUACCUUCAAUAACCUAAACUGCCCAGGACUGCGGGAUAAACCAAAAAUAAUCCUUAUCCAGGCUUGUCGAGGACAUAAUAAAAGCCGGCAAUUGGUCAGUGACAGUUCUCAGCCGUCCCCAAGCAAACAAGAAGACCUAGAAGAUGAUGGUAUGCGCAUGAUUCUGAAGGAGACGGACUUGAUCUGCUUCUAUUCAACAACACCAGAUACUCUUUCUUAUAGAGAUACCCUAAAAGGCACCUUUUUUAUUCAACGUGUAAUUGACAUCAUGAAAAAAGAUGCUCACAAUUCAUCUAUAGAAGAUAUCUUUCGAAAGGUUCAACUCUCAUUCAAGGAUGAUUGGCAAAUGCCAACACAGGAUAGAAAGACCCUUCUGAAGAAAUUCUUUCUGUUCCCGGGAUAUUAACAUUUCCUAGGACCAUUUUAUACAUUCCUUUAUUUUCUUAUUUUUUUUUUUAUUUCAUAUAUUCAAAGAUACACAUAUUAUACUUACUGUAUAUUUCAACAAUUGUACAGGGAAAAAAGGAACCUGAAGAAGGGGAAAUUGUCAACUUGGAUUCACCGAGCACCAGCAUUUUAAAGGGGUUGGCCCAAGACUUAAACUUAUCACCUAUCCACAGGAUAGGUGCUAAAUUUCUGAUCUGUUUGAAUCCAAUCGCUUGGAUCCUAACCGUUCAUGAGAACAGGGGUGUCCAAGUCCCCUGUAUAGAUGGAGCUUAAUUCAACUCUGGUAGUCCAUAAAGUUGAAUUGAUUGCUGGAAGUUCGAGCACUGGGACACCCCAUGAUCAUGAGAAGUUCCAUGUUUGAAUGGAAUACUAGUUUCAGCAUAUGCACCACCAAUCCAUUCAACUUCAUGGCAAACUUUAAUCAAGCUCCAUCCAUACAGGGGUCCUGGACACCUCAGUUUUCAUGAAUGGUUGGGGUCAAUGGUCAGAAACUUAUCAACUAUCCUCUGAAUAGAUGAUAAGCUUCAAUAUUGGGCUAACCCUAGAUCUCAGGUAUUUCUGUCCAAUAUUUCCAUAUAUCCCUAACUAACUCCCGCACCGAUCUCCUAAACGGAGCUCCAAAAGUGGUGGAGGACGCACUGUGCAUGCUCAGCCACCCUCUAUUCAUUUAUAUGGGGCUGCCGAAAAUAGCCGAGUGCUGGCUCGGCUAUUUCGGUCGGGCCCAUAGAAGUGAAUCGGAGUGGUGGCCGGUCAUGUGCGGUGCGCUCCCAUUCACUUCUAUGGGGAGAGCGAUUGGGGGUGGCCGGAUCGGAGUCCUCCAGCCACCACUUUGCCUGCUCCGUUUUCGAUAUAGGUGCGGAACUCGCACCUAUCAGACAAUGGUGGCAUAUCUAUAGCGAUAUGCCCUCAUUGUCUCAGAUGAGGCAACCCUUUAAAAGGCAAAGCCUAUUUUAGCCUUAGAAUUCAGCCCCAUUUUUGAAAUCUGACAUGUGUCACUUUAUGUAGUAAUAACUUGGGCCGCUGUUUUCUGGCUCCCAAAAGGACCUUGAUAAUAACUUCCUGGAACUCCAGAAAGGUCCCUCUCUAGGCUGUAUAUAAACGAAGCACAAAUUAAUUAAAAAGGGCCAACUACCAGUUUUUUAAUAGUAGGUCAUUGUUUUGCACAUGGUGCGGUACAGUUUCAGGACCUGAUCCGAGCGAUCCACCCCUCCCAUGUACCAAUUAUAAUUGAGGAUCUGGCUUCAUGGUUGUAUCUGACACACAAAAGGUUUUCACUGCAAAGGGCUCUGCUAUCAGCCCCUGGCUAGCGGUUGCCCAAGCUGUAAUUUAAGACGUCUUUAUUACUUAUCCUUGUGCCACAUUCCACAGUUCCUCUGUUAGAAAGGUUCUUGAAUAAAGGCACACUUGUGUAGAAAUUAUACAAAUGAAAAUUUUUGUCCAGGAGUGGGGAAUCAUUUCUCCCACACAAUUAUUCGCAGCAGUACCCAUGAGGAGGAAGAGGGGGCAUUAUUUAGUAAAAUAAGCUGCACCGUGUGCAAAUUGGCCUAGGCAACUGUUAAUCAAUCAGAAAAAAAUAUCUUUAAAAAUCUAAUUGUCUUCAUCAAAUUGUAUUUAUACCUGAGUUCCCAGAGAAUUUAGGGAACAGGUGUUAAUCAUGUGGGGUCAGUUCUGGGAUGCCUCCUUGGAGGUUAGUCACAGUCGCUACCGGAUGACAAGGAGGACUAAAAUAAUGAUGGACCAUCUUUGCUAGCAGACUCUGUAUCGGGAGCGACAAUGGCAUAGGACUCUUCCGUUGUAUACGUUCUGUUGGUUUUGAGUAGUGUCAAGUAAAAAGAAUUGUGUAAAAAUUGGAUGAUGUACAAAAAAUUGUGCUGCACCAAUUAGGUAGAAUAACAUGUGCGCUAUAAAAUACAGUAUAUGCUAGCUAGCCUACUAUUACUUUUUUUAUUAUAAUUUUUUUAGUUUUUUUACAAAAAAAAUAAGGCGGUGAAGGGAUCACAGGAGAUUUUUAUCGUGUGGGUGCAAUGCGUUUUGCACACGCGUGAUAAAAAACUGAAUGUAGACAAACAACAUCUCUUAGCAACCUAGCGACAAGAACCUAGCACAACAUUUGAUAUAAUGCAGGGCUCGACAAAUCCCAGGUCGCCAUGGCGAUCAGGAAUUUGGUCCUGGCGCUUGGGUAUUUGUCAGCCCAUUUUCAAAGGUGCAAGGGCGACGGGUGCGGAGUGCCGGAGGGGGGCCCGUUCUGUCCGGAGGCAGCAGGAGUGGAGAUGAGCGCCUCCAUUGUGGAAGCGCUUAUCUCCAUAUUCAUCUGUAUCGCCGUCCUCAGGACAGCAAUACAGAUGAAUGGUGCGGAGGAGCAGGGGA